AUGGAAAACGCCAGAAUUCACCAUCAUCGCACAGAGAACCCCACUGUCACCCUUGCCCCACCAACCCUCUGUCCCUCAAUCGCAAGCUGGCAAGCCAGAUCGGUCCAAGGUUACCACCAGGCCAGCAUCAGCCGUGGUGCACCAGGCCGCGUUGUCGAGGCACGCAGGUGCCCAAGUGCGAGUUUUCGAGGGGCUUGGCUGCCGAGCCUGGGCUCCGAGCUGGGGUGUGUGGUGUUCGAACCAGGGGCGAUUCGUGAGCAGAUUUGGCAGAAGAGCAUAAAACACACCGCCAUUGGCACUGGAUUGCCAUUGUUCAUCCUCCAGAUGCAGUUUGCAGAGCAACACCACCGCAGUGAGCGAUUGCGAUUUCCGACAGGGACAGCGAUGGCGGAAGUCGAGCAACAACAACGUCAGCACGAACAACAACUAGAAGAGCACAAGGAAGAGAGCGGCGAGAAGGACGCGGAUGUCGUGAAGGGGCCAUGGAGUCCCGAGGAGGACGAGCUGCUCAUGCAGAUAAUUGCUAAAUACGGGCCGCGCAAUUGGUCGCUCAUCGCUCAGGGGCUCAAAGGGCGGUCCGGAAAGAGUUGUCGGCUGCGGUGGUGCAAUCAACUGAAUCCCGAAGUCAAUAAAAACCCGUUCACGGACGAAGAGGACCGAAUAAUCGCAUUGGGACACGCGGAGCACGGCAACAAAUGGUCCGUCAUCGCGAAAAGCUUACCCGGUCGCACGGACAACGCGAUUAAGAACCACUGGAACUCCACGCUGAAGCGGAAAUAUCCCGCCAUUCUCGCGGAAAUAAUUAAAAAUAGGACCGCGCGCGUGAUCGAUUCUCCGCGCGACGCGCCAAUCAGCUCCCCCGGGAGCGACGGUCGAGUUUCCCCUUCUCCCUACUACGCCGGUGUCCCGCUCUACGCUCCAAUGUACGCUCCUGGCGGCGGCGGCGGCGCGAACUUUAUGUCGCACCGUGAGAGUCCGUCUCCGCUUUCGUCGGGCAGCGCGGGCUGCGGAAGCGCGGCGCACUCGCGGCGGAGCAGCAUGGACGGCAACUCCGCAAGCUCCGCCAAAGCGGAAAACGUGCGCAUGCUCGCGGACGUGCUCCGCCGCCUCGCGACCGCAUCCAGCGGCGGUGCCACCGGCUCCGCGUGCCCUUCUCCUCCGCCUGGCGCCGCGGGCGCCUCGGCGGUUGUCGGUCCUCCUUCCGCCUCCGCCGUUUCAGCCGCGCGCCUAGCGUUUCCGCGCAGCGGUAGCCUCGACUCUCCCGUUUUCCGCCCCUCGCUGCGCGACCAACCCACUCCGCUUGUACCUUCCGCCAUGGGGGCGUGCGGGGGAACGUUCGGCGGCGGAUGGGGUGGCGGAGCGCCGGCGGCGGCGGAAUACGACCUGGAGUAUCUUCAGGCCGCGAAACGGCUGCGCUUCGGGGGGGGAAACAUAGCAUGCGCGGAGCUUGGCGGAGCGUCUGGCGGAAUCGGCGGGUUGAGGGGAAGCGCUUUGUUGGGCGGAAGCGGAUACAGCAGCGCCGCCAACCUGGGGAGCUUUGGGGGGUCGCUUCUCGGAAACUCCCUGCUUGGGCGCACGUCGAGCGGAGGAGCCGGCGCACUUGGGGGAGGCGCACUCGGGGGAGGGGCACUUGGGGGAAGCGCUUUCGGGGGAGGCGCCUAUUGCGGAAGUGGCGAGAACUACCUUUCCACUGGCGCGUUCUCCCCCCUUGGCGGAGUGUGCGGAGCUCCAUGGGCGGAGGCGAUUCCCCCUCCUCCCUUGCCGCCAUGGCUGCCGCUGCUGCAGCGGGAUUUGCUCCGCCCUUUUCCCCUGCGGGGAACGCCCAGCCUUUCCCCUCACCACACUCCGCCUCUCCCCUCAUGCCGCGUUUCCUGA